UCGCCAACCGGCAAGCUCUUCCUUCAUCAGGUCUCAGAAACAGCAGUGCAAGUUAGGGAGGACAAAACAAGAAACCAAAGGAAAAAAAAAACGCAAAAUCAUUGUACUGGCGCCAAAUUCCGUUACAUGGAGAACGCUGAAGUCCUAAAUAACGUCGACUACGCUUAUGUCGAGGGCUGCUCCUCCUCGUCAUCGUCGUCUUCCUCGGUUGAUGAAAAUGAGAUUUAUUCAGUGUAUUUCAAGGGUUUGGUGAGGGAAGAGAAGGCUAAUGACUCGGAAAUGGGUGGGGUGGGAAUUGGAAUUGGAGUUGUAAUCUGUGAUUCGAUGAAACAUGUGAUCUUCGAGUCGAGCAAGGCCAUGAAGAGCAGAGGAGACACGUGUCGGUUAGAAGCGAGACUUGAGGCUUUGAUUGAAGGAUUAACUAGUGCUAAACAACUUGGGAUUAGGAGGCUGAGGUUUUUCUGCAAGAGUCGCAAGCUUUACAAUUAUUUGAUAGAUGAUGAGAACGCUGAAGAGGGGUUGAAUAUGGAGACUGCAGAGGAGUUACGGAUGAUACCAACAAUCGGAAGGGUGAAAUCCCUACGAGCACAAUUUGAAGAAUGCAGCCCCUCUCUUGUCAGGAAAGAUGAUGCUGAGUUUGGUAGGCGAGCGGAUAACCUUGCAAGGAAAGCUAAAUCUCCCCAAGUCAGUUGUCCAGAAGAAAUUUCGAAAGAAACUUGUGAAAUUUGUAUGGAGGAUACUGAUGUGGUCAACAUGCUUUCAGUUCAUAAUUGCACUCAUAGAUGCUGUUCCUCUUGUGCGAAAAGGCAUAUCGAGGUGAAGUUGCGUGAGGGAACUUUGCCUAAAUGUCCUCAAGAUGGUUGUCAUUCCGACAUUAAGAUUGAUAAGUGCAUAAAUGUAUUAAGCCCUGAAUUAGUUGAGGUCUUGAAUCAACGGGUGAAGGAAGCUAAGAUUCCAGUUCUGGAUAGAAUUUAUUGUCCCUACCCACGGUGCUCAAAUCUGAUGUCAAAAACAGAGGUUCUGAAUUAUUCUAAAAGCAGAAACAAAAAUACUGAAAACGGAUAUAGGAUAUGCUUCAAGUGUCAUGGCCCUUUUUGCAUCAAUUGCAAGGUGCCUUGGCAUAAUGAGAUGACCUGUUCUGACUACAAAGAGCUGCACCCUUACUCGUGUAUAGAGGAUGAAAUGCUAAGUUCACUUGCCAAGAGGAACUCAUGGCAACAGUGCAUCAAGUGCAGCCAUAUGAUUGAACUUGAUGUAGGUUGCUACCACAUAAUUUGCAGAUGCGGACAUCAGUUUUGUUAUACAUGUGGAUCGGAGUGGAAGGAAAACAAAGCCACUUGUAAUUGUCCACUCUGGGAUGAGGACCGGAUUAUAUAUUAACUUAGGCGCGGUAGACCUGCGUUUAGAAGACUGUUUAUGGCCGAUGUACAACUUAUUACUGGACUUCCGAUAUUUGCUAGCUUGUACAUGUCAAGGGAUCAUUAUCUAUGGCACAGAUCAAUAUAUAGUAGAGUAAAGAGUUCGAUCUUUUUAGGAACACACACAAAUGCCUCUUUUGAUGUUGCGGGUUUUUUUUGGUCGACCUCCUGUGGUAUUUCACUAGCCUAGAUUUUGUCCAUAAUUAGCAGGAGGGCUCACGAUCGAUUCUAUUGCAUGGAGGAAAAAGUUUUCUUCAGCAGCUCCC